AUGGCGAAUAGAGUGGAUCAUGAGUACGAUUACCUGUUCAAGAUCGUUUUGAUCGGGGAUUCAGGAGUUGGUAAAUCAAAUAUUCUUUCCAGGUUCACCAGAAAUGAAUUUUGUUUGGAGUCCAAAUCCACCAUCGGAGUUGAGUUUGCCACCAGAACUCUUCAGAUAGAAGGAAAGACGGUCAAGGCCCAAAUAUGGGACACUGCAGGGCAGGAAAGGUAUCGAGCUAUUACAAGUGCUUACUACAGAGGAGCUGUUGGUGCACUCCUUGUUUACGACAUAACCAAGAGACAAACCUUUGACAAUGUCCAGAGGUGGCUUCGGGAAUUGAGAGACCAUGCGGACUCUAAUAUUGUCAUCAUGAUGGCCGGAAACAAAUCUGACCUGAACCAUCUGCGAGCUGUUUCGGAUCAGGAUGGUCAAACUUUGGCCGAGAAGGAAGGGCUCUCUUUCCUAGAGACAUCGGCACUGGAAGCACAUAAUGUUGAAAUGGCUUUUCACACUAUUUUGACAGAAAUAUAUCAUAUCAUUAACAAGAAGGCAUUGGCAGCCCAGGAAGCAGCAGCAACCACUGUACUUCCCAGUCAGAGUACAACCAUCAAUGUUAGCGAUUCGUCUGGAAACAUGACGAGAGGCUGUUGUUCUACUUGA